AUUCUUAUCAGCUGAGAUAGUGGCCACAGUGACCUGGGCACUGCCGGGGAAGUUGCUCUCCAAGGCAUGGCUUCCCAGAAACACUCGGGGCCCGGAGGGUACACUGUGGGCACCAUGUCUGAGAAGUUUGACUGCCAUUACUGCAGGGACCCAUUGCAAGGGAAGAAGUAUGUGCAGAAGGAGGGUCGGCACUGCUGUGUCAAAUGCUUUGACAAGUUCUGUGCCAACACCUGUGUAGAGUGCCGCAAACCUAUUGGGGCAGACUCUAAGGAGCUGCAUUACAAGAACCGCUAUUGGCAUGAUUCCUGCUUCCGCUGUGCCAAGUGCUACCAUCCUCUGGCCAAUGAGACCUUUGUGUCCAAAGACAAUAAGAUCCUGUGUAACAAGUGCACCACACGGGAGGAUUCGCCCCGAUGCAAAGGAUGCUUCAAGCAAAUUGUUGCAGGAGACCAAAAUGUGGAAUACAAGAAGAAUGUCUGGCAUAAGGAUUGUUUCACUUGCAGUAACUGCAAACAGGUCAUCGGAACCGGCAGCUUCUUCCCCAAAGGGGAAGACUUCUACUGCGUCACCUGUCAUGAGACCAAGUUUGCUAAGCACUGCGUGAAGUGCAACAAGGCCAUUACUUCUGGAGGAAUCACUUAUCAGGAUCAGCCCUGGCAUGGCGAGUGCUUCGUGUGCGCCACCUGCAGCAAGAAGCUGGCUGGACAGCGCUUCACUGCAGUGGAGGAUCAGUAUUACUGCGUGGACUGCUACAAGUCCUUCGUUGCCAAGAAAUGUGCUGGAUGUAAGAACCCCAUCACAGGAUUUGGGAAAGGCUCCAGUGUGGUCACCUACGAAGGGCAAUCCUGGCACGACUACUGCUUCCACUGUAAAAAGUGUUCCGUGAAUCUGGCUAACAAGCGCUUCGUCUGCCACAAUGAGCAGAUCUAUUGCCCCGACUGUGCCAAAAAGCUGUAAAUGGACGGGGUCAUCUGUCCUGGAGCAUGGGGUUUUGAAUCCUGCUCUCUACAUCUAUCUCAGAGCAGGAGCAAGACUCAAAAAAAAAAUCGUAAAUUAGAGCUUGCUCUCUCAUUUUACAGUAUAGCUCAUAAAAAGGUGCAUGGAAAUCGCCUUUGGUCUUAGAAAUUAAAACUGCAGCAAUCCCAUUUAAACCGUGCUCCUAUUCAUUAAGUCUGCAGCCUAUUAUUAUAGUAGAUUUUCAGUUAACCUUAGUAGAGAGACGCUUAAGCAUGUUGCUAAAAAAGAACUAACCCUUAAAAAAAAAGCGUAGUUUGCCACACACAGCUGACGCUGUGAAUAAAGAACAUACCUCCUGAGCCCAUUGCUGAGAUUUUCAGGAAGGACAAGUUAGAUUUUUAUCAUCAUAUAUACCUUGAGAGAACUAUAUCCACAAAUAGAACUGUAUUCCAAAAUAUAGUAGUAGCUGCCUUCACCAUAAUGACUAAUGGCAGCUUUUGCUUUGUGCAAAGUAUAAUCUUCUCUUUCUUGGCCUUUGUGUUUUAAAAGCAACUAAUGCAGCAUUUUACAGAAAGGCUUGUGUUUGAAGUGAAUUCUGAUUUGAAGUAAGCUCUCUGUUGUGGCUAAUGGCUUUUGUGUGUAGCAUGUGCUCCUGCGCUUUCUUCUGAAGCAUGCAUGACAUUUGGAAAAUGUACGCUUUAAAGUAGUUUAGGUUAUUUCUGAUUAAUUACAGCAUGGCGAAUAGCAUUGAAAGCUUAGCUAUUAAAAUUGCGCUUUUUUGAGCUGCUUUUUUAACCAGAUUUUGCUUUGAAGUGUUAUCAGUAGAGUUAGUCAAGUUAAUGAAACCUGCAUGAAAAAAUUUUAACCUCUUGGAGUGUUUAUGCAAUUUAGAAAUGUAGCCGGGAGAACUAGUAUGAAAAGCACUAGCUAACACUGCCAUUGGCUUUUUACAUGAAUUUCUACCCCUCGUCUACUGAGGGGGAGAAAUGGACAGGUGACUCUGUAAUGUGUGGUAGAACUUCUGGAACACAGAUGAACGGGGGAAGACCGCUCUUGUGGCGAGUGGAACACCACUGCUUUGUUGGGUACUAACACUUUGGAAAUACCAAAACUGUCCCCCUUCUUAUUCCAACAAUUAUGUCGUUUUAACGAGGCAAUCAAAUACACGGAACCAUUUUGUCAGUGUGACAGGUAAAAAUCAAAGAGGUAGAUCCAUCCUAACCCCAUGAUUGUACUGCAAUUGUUAUCUAACAUUUACUUUCCCUAAGAUCAUCUGGAAAAUAAAGCAAAAUAGAAAUAA